UGCAAACGAUCGCAGGACUCACGAGGCAUGCUCACACCCCCCACAUAUCACUGUACGUUGUUAUUGAGCCGUUGUUCAAAACGGCAUUCCUCAAAUUCUGUUAAUUACUGUCAUUUAUUUAAAUCAACCGAGACACCCCCUCAAUGUCGCAGCAAAACACGGAAUUAAAACAAUGGAUCGAAUGUAUCACCCAAGAGACAAUCCAUGAUGAUUUGGAGGAAUCGCUCAGGGACGGCAUCGUGCUGUGCAAGCUGAUGAAUAAGCUACAGCCAGGUUCGUGUGGUUACUCAGAUAAAAAGAGUGCGUUUCUGCAAAGAGAGAAUAUUUUCGCAUUUAUACAGGCAGCUAAGAGGAUCGGUGUUGAGGAUUACGAGAUUUUUGACAUUAAUGAUUUGUAUGAAGGAAGCAAUUUUAAUCAGGUUAGGAUCUGCUUGUAUGCCUUGUGCAGGUGCCUGAGAAAGGUUGGAGAGUUUAAAGGGCCAUUGAUUGGUCCAAAGAUGGCCGAGAAACAGAAAAUUGAGUUUACGCCUGCGCAGCUAAAUAAAAGCAGGACCGCUGCCAGUCCGUACGUGUCUAAUAAUGCGACCAUACCAAAGGGAACCUUUAGUUACGCUGCACGCAGACAAAUCUGUCCACAGAAUAAGGAAAAUAUAAACGAGCGUAACGAUAAUUAAAUAAAAUAGUUGAGGUAAAUGGAC